GCGUUUAAAGUGCUGAUUCUGCACUUACUAAGUCCUGUUACAUUUGAACUAGAGCACUUUUCAUUAUUGUGAUUGAGCUCUCAUUACUGACUCCAGUCUAAAGCCAUUAAAUGAGAAACUCUUCUUUUCAGUAGUUUAGAAUUAAGAAUAUACAAUAUAGUUGUUCCUGAUUUUGUGAGGUGGCUUAACAGAUGGGAGCCAAAAUCAGUAAGAUGUAUUCACUGAGUGCAUUUAUGAGUUGCAGUAAUAUGUAUAGCAGUCUUGACCCAUAUUUGGAAUCCGAAAGUCAUAAGAUUUCACAAGGAACACAAACAAGCCAGUAUACCUGAAGUUGCUGGUCUGUCCAUAUUGUGUGUAAACAGACAAUGUAGGUGCUUUUUGUAGGUAUAUCAUUACUGAUUGUAGCUCAUCCGUUGCUAUACACAAUCUAUAGGCCACGCUCUACCCAAUACAACAACGUAAAGAGACCACCAGUGGACCAGUGCUGUCCAGUUAUUAUAUAGGUGGACACUGACAUGGUACUGAGUGUGGUAGGAGUGUAUCAGGCACAGUAGUGUUGACAGAUAUUGAAGACGGAUGUCGGAUGUUGUAAACCUUUGUGCACAGUAUACAGAGUUUGACAGGAUGAAACAUGAAGAACAGAGGUGUAGCAGGAAAUGAGGAUAUCAGGCAACAGGAAGUAAGCAGAAACUUUCUUUGAGAUAUGUGAGGUAUCAUAGCAAUGGGCCCAACCCUUCUGUUGAAAAGACCUAUGACUCACUGUUCGUUCUCAGCCUGAAAAAUGAAACAAUGAACAAUGAGUAUAAUGCAUAAAAUCAUGCAUAUACAAGUCAAGGGCUUCAGCUAAGUCCAUUCAUAUUUACUCAGAAUGUUAAAGAUCAGGUGACCCUGAUAGUUGGCUGACAGAUUGUGGAACCCAAUGUGCUCUUCAGCUGUUGUAGCCCAUCGACCUCACGGUUCAGCAAGUUGUGCGUUCUGAGCUGCUUUUUUGCUCACCGUGGUUGUAAAGAGUGGUUAUUUGAGUUACCAUAGCCUUCUUGUCAGCUCAAACCAGUCUGGUUCAUUCUCCUCUGACCUUUUUCAUCAACAAAUUAUUUCCUUCUGCAGAACUGCUGCUCACUGGAUGUUUUUUUCCCACACCAUUCUGUGUAAACUCUAAAGACUGUUGUGUGAAAAUCCCAGGAUAUCAGCAGCUUGUUUGGCAUCAACAACCAUGCCAUGGUCAAAGUCACUGAGAUGACAUUUUUCCCCAUUCUGAUGUUUGAUAUGAACAUUAAAUAAAACUCUGGACCUGUAUCUGCAUGAUACUAUGCAUUGCACUGGAUAAUUGCAUGAAUGUACAGGUGUACAGGUGUUCUUAUUAACAUGAUCAGUGAGUGUAUAUUAGCUUCAAAGAGAUUCAUUUUCAGCUUGAUUGGUACUGGAAAUGGAAACAUAAAAACCUAUCAACCUAUUUAACCACACACAUGGUUUAGUAUGUAAGUUAGAUAAAGCAGAUCACACAUCCCCUUGCAGCCCUGCCCCUCUGUAUCCCCUUCACUGAGUGCCUCAACGUCCCCCAGGCCAUCUCUGCCUCAUUCCUCAUUCUGCAUAGAAAGGGCUUUGUGUUUCCCUCUGGCUAAGUGUGUAAGUAGCUGCUGAAAGAUCUGGAGAUUAUGGCUUCCACUGGAAAUUUCCGCAUGGUCUCAGAGGAUGAGCAGGCCCUGCGCUCCAAACUUGAGCAUCUGACUGUGAAAGAUCACGGGCCAGUGUUUGGGCCAUGUCAGAAGCUACCUGAUCACACAUUACAGAAGGCAAAGGACGAGCUGAACGAGACAGUGGAGAAGAGAGUGUCUGCAGUAAAGGAGCUGAGAUCCCUGAUCUGUGAGAAGGCUGAGAAUAGGGACGACUUGUCCAUGGACGUGAAGGAGAAAUUUGGGAACAAACCAGAUUCUCUGCUCCUGAGGUUCAUCCGUGCGCGCAAGUUCGAUGUGGCCAGGGCAUAUGAGCUCAUGAAGGGUUAUGUGCGUUUCCGACGUGACUACCCCGAGCUGUUUGAGAAUUUGACCCCUGAAGCAGUGCGCAGUACCAUCGAGGCUGGAUAUCCACAAAUACUCAGCACACGUGACAAGGAUGGCCGUGUGGUGCUCCUUUUCAACAUAGAGAACUGGGAUUUGGAAGAGGUCACCUUUGAUGAAACUCUGAGGGCAUACUGUGUCAUCCUGGAGAAACUUCUGGAAAAUGAGGAGACUCAGAUCAAUGGCUUUGUACUCAUUGAAAACUUUAAGGGCUUUACUAUGCAGCAUGCAGCUGGCAUCAAACACACUGAGCUGAAAAAGAUGGUGGACAUGCUGCAGGACUCAUUUCCUGCACGCUUCAAGGCCGUGCAUGUGAUUCACCAGCCUUGGUAUUUCACAACCACUUACAAUGUGGCCAAAUCCUUCAUGAAGAGCAAACUGCUAGAGAGGGUUUUUGUUCAUGGUGACGAUCUGGAUGUUUACUUCAGAGACUUCAGUGCUGAAAUCCUCCCUCCAGACUUCAGUGGGAAAGGGCCGAACUGUGAUGGCAGAGAGACAGCAAUCAAGCUGUUUGGCUCUGAAGACACAGCUCUUUAAAUGACUCAAGUCAACACACAUGCUAGACUGACCGACGUAUAUACAGUAUAAUGUAGUACGUCCUCUAGGGAAUAUGAAAAGUGGAAAAGAAAUUUUAAAAUUGUUUAAAAUUUUGAUGGACAGGAAGAAUUGUACCAUAGGAGAAAAGAUAAACAGUAUACAAUGGGAGCUCGCUUUGGAAUUACACACAAACAAUUGUUGUGGGUUUAAAAGAGACUUGACGUAAUGGAGGUAAUGACUGUUACUGUAGUCUGUGGCUUGCGAUAGUAAAAAUAGUCACAUUAAUAUAGAAAAUAUGACCAUUAACCCUGCAUUUUUGACAAAGAUUAAGACAUACUGUGUACAUACUCAAACAUACACACACUCCACAAUGAAGAAUGCAAAUUUUUGUAUUCAUUCUGAAUUCAUUUUGUUCUCCCUGUCUGAUUUCAUGAUAUAGAUUGUAACUGGCAAUGUUCAUAAUAAAAUAUGACUAAUGAA